GGUAAAAAUUUCAACCCAGAAAAUGUAAUUUUAACGAUUAAUCAAGGAAUAUUAAUUGGGAAACGUAAUGUCGAUUUGGAAAACAAAACUUAUUACAGUUUUGAAGGCAUACCAUAUGCAAAAUCACCGAUCGGGCACCUGCGAUUCAGAGAUCCUGUAGCACCUGAACCAUGGUCAGGUGUUCUAAAUGCAACAGGAACAACGCGAGUUUGCCCACAGCUAUCGUAUGAGAAAGACAAUAGCGAAGAUUGUUUAUUGUUGAAUAUUUACUCAAAAAUGAAGGAAAAUUUGGAUCCUGUUAUGGUUUUUAUACAUGGAGGUGGUUUUGAAUUUGGAGGUGUUAAUUCGAAUUACUCAUUUAUUUAUGGACCACAGUUUUUUGUUCAGAAUGACGUAGUUUUAGUCGAAAUACAAUAUCGACUUAAUAUUUUUGGAUUUUUGAGCUUUAAUGAUUCAAAAUUUGGUAUACCUGGUAACGCCGGAUUAAAGGAUCAGAUAAUGGCAUUAAAAUGGAUUCAAAGUAACAUAGCCGAAUUCGGUGGUGAUCCAAACAGCGUGACAAUUUUCGGUGAAAGUGCUGGUGCAGCAUCUGUUAAUUUAUUAUACUUAUCACCGCUCGGUAAAGGGCUAUUUCACAGAGCUAUAGCUCAAAGUGGCGCACCAACCAAUCCAUGGGUAACAGGUCCGAAUAAAGCAACUGAAUUGGCUAAUGUGUUAAACUGUCCGAAUGGAACCGUGGAUGAGAUCGUUGAUUGUAUUAAUAGUACAUCCAUGGAUCGUUUAGUAUCUGUUGGGCUACGUAAUUUGAAAGCAAGAAUGAAGCAUGCGCAUCUCAGAAAUGGGGAAAUGUUUGUCUUUACUGCAUUGACAAUUGAAAAUGGAUGUUCGAAGUCUGCCUUAAUUACUAAAAAUCCACAAGAGAUAGCAAAAAAUGGAGAGUUUAACAACUUACCAAUUAUGAUGGGUUAUAUGGCCUAUGAAGGUUAUUUAUUUGCAAGAAUGAAUCCAGUAAAACCAGACUUUAUCGAUGCUAGGGAUUUAAUUCCAAAGGAUAUAAAUAUUGAUUUAAAUUCAAAUGAAGCAGUGAAUUUGGGAAAACGAAUAAAAGAGUUCUAUUAUGGAAAUACCACACAAUCUUAUGAAAAUAUUGACCCAUACAUUGAUUUCCUAACCGAUUCAUUGUUUGUACAACAAAUCUACAAAUUUGCAAAAUUAUACUCCACAAAAAGUGAGAACGUGUACUUUUAUCAAUUUGAUUACUGGACGAAACUGAAUAUGCAAAAUGUAUACAAACUAGAGACCACUAAAAAACUGGUCACACAUUUUGACGACAUAGCAUAUUUGUUUUAUAACCCCUUUAAUGAAUAUACAAAAGAAGAUCCGAAUAUUCAAUUGGGUGUUUACCGACUGGUAAAAUUAUGGACAACAUUUGCUAAAACUGGAAAUCCGAAUUCACCAGAGGAUCCAUUACUAAAUGUGACUUGGCUUCCGAUAAAAUCUACUAACUUUAAUUAUUUAUAUAUAAAUCCAACAUUAGAAUUAAAAGUUGAUCCAGAUAAAGAAAGAAUGCUAUUUUGGGAAAAUAUUUAUGCCGAGUACGAAUAG